AGGGAAUGCUGACUGGUGGCUGCAGCGCCCUAGCGGUGGCCUCAUGGGCACAAGCCAUGCAGCAAGUCCUGGACAACCUGGGAUCCCUCCCCAAUGCCACGGGGGCUGCAGAGCUCGACCUGAUCUUCCUUCGCGGCAUUAUGGAAAGCCCCAUAGUAAGAUCCCUGGCCAAGGCCCACGAGCGGCUGGAGGAGACGAAGCUGGAGGCCGUCCGAGACAACAACCUGGAGCUGGUGCAGGAGAUCCUGCGGGACCUGGCGCAGCUGGCUGAGCAGAGCAGCACCGCCGCGGAGCUGGCUCGCAUCCUCCAGGAGCCCCACUUCCAGUCCCUCCUGGAGACACAUGACUCUGUGGCCUCAAAGACCUAUGAGACACCACCCCCCAGCCCAGGCCUGGACCCCACAUUCAGCAACCAGCCCGUACCUCCUGACGCAGUGCGCAUGGUGGGCAUUCGCAAGACGGCUGGGGAGCAUCUGGGCGUGACGUUCCGUGUGGAGGGUGGCGAGUUGGUGAUCGCGCGCAUUCUGCAUGGGGGCAUGGUGGCCCAGCAGGGCCUGCUGCACGUGGGCGACAUCAUCAAGGAAGUGAACGGGCAGCCAGUGGGCAGCGACCCCCGCGCGCUGCAGGAGCUCUUACGCAGUGCCAGCGGCAGCGUCAUCCUCAAGAUCCUGCCCAGCUACCAGGAGCCUCAUCUGCCUCGUCAGGUAUUUGUGAAAUGCCACUUUGACUAUGACCCGGCCCGUGACAGCCUCAUCCCCUGCAAGGAAGCAGGCCUGCGUUUCAACGCUGGGGACUUGCUCCAGAUUGUAAACCAGGACGAUGCCAACUGGUGGCAGGCCUGCCAUGUAGAAGGGGGCAGUGCUGGCCUCAUCCCCAGCCAGCUGCUGGAGGAGAAGAGGAAAGCAUUCGUCAAGCGGGACCUGGAGCUGACACCCACCUCAGGGACCCUGUGCGGCAGCCUUUCAGGAAAGAAAAAGAAGCGAAUGAUGUAUUUGACCACCAAGAAUGCAGAGUUUGACCGCCACGAGCUGCUCAUUUACGAGGAGGUGGCCCGCAUGCCCCCGUUCCGCCGGAAAACCCUGGUGCUGAUUGGGGCCCAGGGCGUGGGCCGGCGCAGCCUGAAGAACAAGCUCAUCAUGUGGGAUCCAGACCGCUACGGCACCACAGUGCCCUACACAUCCCGGCGGCCCAAGGACUCAGAGCGGGAAGGCCAGGGCUACAGCUUUGUGUCCCGCGGGGAGAUGGAGGCCGACAUCCGUGCUGGACGCUACCUGGAACAUGGCGAAUACGAGGGCAACCUGUAUGGCACUCGCAUCGACUCCAUCCGGGGCGUGGUCGCCGCCGGCAAGGUGUGCGUGCUGGAUGUCAACCCCCAGGCAGUGAAGGUGCUGAGGACAGCUGAGUUUGUCCCUUAUGUGGUGUUCAUCGAGGCCCCUGACUUUGAGACCCUGCGGGCCAUGAACCGGGCCGCCCUGGAGAGUGGAGUGUCCACUAAGCAGCUCACGGAGGCGGACCUGAGGCGGACUGUGGAGGAGAGUAGCCGCAUCCAGAGAGGCUACGGGCACUACUUUGACCUCAGCCUGGUCAACAGCAACCUGGAGAGGACCUUCCGCGAGCUCCAGGCCGCCAUGGAGAAGCUGCGGACGGAGCCCCAGUGGGUGCCCGUCAGCUGGGUGUACUGAGCCCGUUCCCCCAGACCUUGGCUCCCUCUGGGUGGUGACCCAGAACCUGAAUCCAUCCCCUUCCCCAUCCGUGACCCCCCCACCAUGAUUCUCCACCGGCAUCCCUGGGUCUCCUUGGGUAACAGCUCCCAGCAGGCCCUAAGUCAGGCUUCAGCGCAGAGGCGUGCACUGCCAGGGAGGUGGGUGUUCAUGGGGCCCCUGUGUGCCCAGGUGCUGCCUACUCCCGACGUCCAUUGGCCACCAGCUCUCCCUCUCUGAGGGCCAGUCUGUACCCAGGAGUGUGUCAGAGCCACCUCUGUUGUACCCAGUCCAGGGCAGAGAAAAACUGCUGUGGGUCCAUGUGGUCAGCCAGCACCCUGCCCACUGCCACCUCUUCUGGUCACCUUUUAUCCCCUGGAUGGUCACACCUAUUCCAUGCUGGGCUCCUUCCGCCUCCCCUUGUGACCGAGGAGCAGGCCUUGGGCUGUUUCCAUGCGGCCAAGGGAGUGUGUGGCCCACCAGCAGCCAGGCAGGCGAGGUGGCGGUGCCAGCCUGGGCCAUCUUGGAGACUGGAGGAGCCAAAGCAUGGACCAGAGGCCGCAGCUCAGAAAGGGGCAAGGUCCCGGGAGCAGAUGCUGCCCUGCCCCUCCCUCACUCACAGCUUCUCACUGCCGAAGUCUCUCCACAGACUUCCCUGAAGUGCCCCUCACAGGUCAGCCCUGCUCUCUGUAGGCCGAGGCUGGCAGGGGGUAGCGGCUCAGCCCAGGCAGGAGUGGGUGGGAGGGCGGAGCCCUGGGACCAGGAGCUGCUGCUAUGGACAGAAAAGCUUGGAUCUCCACGGCCCGUGGGGGAUGCAUCUGGGCUCCUGUCUGUGACCUUUAGCCCUUCUGGUCUUCUCCAUGGCCAAGCCACAGCAGUCCCCUUGCAUCAGGGUGGCUCAGGUUGGGGGCACCGCAGAGGACUGCAGAGGGAGCCAUGGAGUUGGCCUGGAGAAGGACGGGUGCCUCUAAGAGCUGGUAACAGCACUCCAGGGGGCGCCAUUCACCGCAGCCUGCCCAGCCUAUGGUUUCCGGUGCUGUGGGCCCCGCCUGCUUUUCUGGUUCUGCGGUGUGUGUCAGGCUUGGUCUGGGGGAGAUGAGGCCGAGGAGGCAAUGGGUGGUUUUGUUUUGGAGAUCACUCUUUGGGGUCCCUUUUUGUGGGUUUCCCAUCAGCCCCUAUUUCUUAUAAGAUCCUUGUCCCCAAUUCCAGAGCCUCAAUCCUCCCCAGGUGUCUUCCUUCACUCUCCUAUUGUCCCCCUACCUAAAUGCCACCCUCCAGUCCUCGGGGAGGGCAAUUUUGUAAAAUAGGAGAAUCCCUUGUAAGAGAAGAAUGCUGUUCUAGACCUCUGCAGGCACCUCAUCGCCCGUCCUCUGUGAUCCGUCCUGAGUGGGCCUGUCCUCACCGGGGACCACCAGGAUGCCCCUCCCUCCGCAGCCCCUAGACCUCCCAGUGCUCUGUGUGAUCUGUCUUCGCUGCAGUGUCAGCCAAAGCUGGCCCCUGAACCACUGUGUGCCCAUUUCCUAGGGAAGGGGAGGGAGAAUAAACAGAGUAUUUAUUACAAA